AUGGAGAUGACUGUUUCGACACCGAAUAAAAUAGGUUCCUAUCAGAUCCGAGGAACCAUUGGAACAGGUGCUUUCUCCGUUGUUAAACUCGCAUACGAUGAAGCGAGAAAGAGAUACAUGGCCUGUAAAAUUGUUCCAAAAUCAAGACUCUCUUCUCCAGAACUAGAACAAAGAUUUGAGAUAGAAAUCAAGAUUUUUCAGCAACUAACGCAUCCAGGUAUUAUUACUUUAUAUGAUUUACUCAAAGAUGAUCUAAAUUAUUAUAUUUUUAUGGAAUUUUGUCCCAAUGGAGAAUUAUUCCAGCACAUUGUCGAUGAAGGCAAGCUUUCCGAAGAUGAAACAAAAACAAUUGUUUAUCAAGUGUUUUCAGUGCUUUCGUAUAUUCAUUCAAAAGGGAUUGCCCAUCGAGACUUGAAACCAGAAAACUUACUACUCGACGAACAAGGACAUGUCAAAAUCAGCGAUUUCGGUCUUUCCAGAUUUGUUGGGCAGACAGGAAUUGCAAAUACUCCAUGUGGAUCGCCUUGCUAUGCAUCACCGGAAUGUGUUAGCGGUUGCCCAUACAAUGCUUUUACUAGCGAUGUAUGGAGCACAGGAGUUAUUAUUUAUGCGAUGCUUACAGGUCAGUUACCAUGGACUAAGCGUAAUCAGACACAGCUAUUCCAGCAAAUUAGGAGAGGCGAAUAUACAAUACCAAAGCAUUUAACCCCAGAUUGCCAGAAUUUCAUCCAAGGCUUGAUGACAGUUGAUAUAACGAAGCGCUUAACGAUAGAAGAAGCCCUUAAUCACCCAUGGAUGGCCGCUGUUACAAAAUCAUUCAGAGAGCAAGGUCUCUUCGAGGCAACGGAACAUACUUGCCCUCUUGUCUCAACAAAAAAAGUCGAAGCCUUGUUUUGCGAAGAUGCUGCUGAACCUCUUGCAAUCGAUCAGCGCACACUGUUUAGAAACCUAUCUUUCUCUGACAAGUUAUUUGGAAAAACGGUUAAAAUGCUCAAAGUCAAUAACUCGAAUCUACCACAAUUACAACAGAAAACAUCAAAGCACAAGCAUGGCACACCGCCUCCUUCGAAAGUUCUCGCUACAAAGACUAUUCCAAAGAGGAUGAGUCAGAUUACAAAACCAACUACUAUUACUGUAACUUCAAUGAGCAAGCUGCCUCAAUCAAAGUCUGGCAUGCCAAAGCUCAAGAAGUAA